GCGCGUUGGAGAACGCAGGGAGACAAAGGCGGACGGGAGGGGGUUGUGGGGAGGGGGGGUGUAGAGAGAGAGAGCGCACGACGAACGACGUCUGUGGCGGGGGUGCCGGUGGCGCUCAGGACGCCGCACUGCUGCUUCAUCAGAAGGAUGAGCUCGGCCUCCUAGGAGGGGGGUGGGGGUGCUAGAGGAGAUGGCAAAGGCGUACGUGGACGCGAGCCAGAGUGGGGCACAGGCGGGGCCGUCGGGCCCUCGCUACAGCCUACCCCGCUCUCCCACGCUGGCGGAGCGCCUCCUGAAGGUCUACAACUACUCGGACAGCGUGGACCCUGCCAGCAAGUUUAAGAACGUCCGCUACGGGGACUCGACGGAUGUCAAGAACAUUAUCCACUCGAUGGUGGCGUCGAUCAGCGUGCAGUUUGAGGCGCACUACGGCAUGCGCCUGGUGCACACCGAGUCUGAGGAAAUCCACUGGCUGCACCCCGACCACGCCGUGUCGUACGUGCGCGAGAAGUACGAGGCGGCCCACCCGCCCGAGGAAUGGAGGUAUGAAUUAAGAGUGAGAUACUACCCCAAGCGUUACGUGGACCUCUUCAGCAAAGACAAGCCCACAUUCACCUACCUUUACCACCAGGUGCGUAGCGACUACAUGCAAGACUUUGCGGAACAUGCAGAUCAUGACACAGCAGUGCAGUUGGGCUGCUUAGAGAUCCGGAGAUACUACAGGGAGAUGCCGCAGAUGGCACUGGAUAAGAAAUCAAACUUCGAGUUGCUCGAGAGGGACGUGGGCUUGCGGAGGUUUUUUCCCAAGCAGAUCCUCGACACGUGCAAGGCCAAGAACCUGCGGAGGAUGAUCCAUCAGUCUUUCCGGCAGUAUGCCAGCUUCUCGGAGGAGCAGUGCAUGCUGAAGUUUUUUGAGAUCUUCUCCUCUAUAUACCGCUUCGAUCAAGAAAACUACAAGUGUGGGCUUGGGAGUGGAUGGAGCAUCUCUGUGGAGCUGGCUAUUGGCCCUGAAGAUGGAAUCAGCUACCUGACUGAUAAGGGCUCCUCGCCGACGCACCUGGCCGACUUCACGCAGGUCAAAUCGAUUCAGUACUCCCAGACGGAGGACCGCGACAGGAAGGGCACCCUGCAGCUGAAGAUCGCCGGAGCUUCGGAGCUGCUCACAAUCACCACACCCUCGCUCACGAUCGCGGAGAACAUGGCUGACCUCAUCGACGGCUACUGCCGGCUGGCAAACUCCACCGGCAAGUCGUUCGUUCUCCGUCAGCUCAAAGAUGGAGAGCGAGCGCUGCCGUCCAUUCCAAAGGUCCAAAAUAACGCCACUCACGCCGGAGCGACGAAGAAAGUAACCCCGGCUGCCAAGAAAGGCAACCUGUUUUUCCUCCCUUUUCUGAGCUGUUCCCAUCGCCGGCGCAAGGAUACAGACGACUACGCCGAGAUCGUGGACGAUGAAGACACAUACAACAUGCCGUCCAAAAGCAGUGGGAUAGUUGAAGCAAGGGACUACGAAAUUCCUCGGGACGAGGUGGAGUUGGUGACGUGUAUAGGGGAAGGGCAGUUUGGAGAUGUUCACAAGGGCAUUUACAAGAGUCCGAGCGACCCGAACAUGCCAGUGGCUGUGAAGACGUGCAAGGAGAGCUGUUCGGACAGCGUUCGGGAGAAGUUCCUUCAAGAGGCGUACACCAUGCGGCAGUUUGAUCACCCACACAUCGUCAAGCUGAUCGGCGUCAUAUCGGACCCGCCCAUAUGGAUCGUGAUGGAGCUGUGCAAGUACGGGGAGCUGCGCUCGUACCUGCAGUCAAACUGCUACACACUGGACCUCGGUACGCUCAUUCUCUACAUCUACCAGCUCAGCACGGCCCUCUCCUACCUGGAGAGCAAAAAGAUCGUGCACAGAGACAUUGCGGCGAGGAACGUGCUGGUGUCGUCGGCGGACUGCGUGAAGCUCGCCGACUUUGGGCUGUCGCGGCACAUGGAGGACGACACCUACUACAAGGCCUCCAAAGGGAAGUUGCCGAUAAAGUGGAUGGCUCCUGAAUCCAUAAAUUUCCGAAGGUUCACCUCCGCAAGUGACGUCUGGAUGUUCGGUGUGUGCAUGUGGGAGAUCCUCAUGUUCGGAGUGAAGCCCUUCCAGGGCGUCAAGAACAACGACAUCAUCGGGCGCAUCGAGAAUGGCGAGCGGCUGCCCAUGCCCCACAACUGCCCGCCCACGCUCUACAGCAUCAUGACCAAGUGCUGGUCCUACGACCCCAGCAAGCGGCCGCGCUUCCUCGACCUCAAGCAGCAGCUAAGCGACAUCUACGAGGAUGAGAAGACCCAGCAGGAGGACCGACAGAAGAGGGAUCAUCGGCGGAUAGCGCCGCCCUGGACAGCCGGAGGGGCCGACGAGGCACCCCCUAAACCAAGCAGACCGGCGUUUCCAGGAGGUCGAGUGGUGGACAUGUCCCACGGGAGCCCAGUGCACCCCCACAUGAACCAUCACCAGGCGGUGGGAUCCUCGGUGGCGAUGCCAGCUGUGGCAGGGCCCAUCUACCAGAGCACGGGUCCCCUGAGUGACACCUGGAUCCAGCCACACUCGGGCGAGCUCUCGCCUGCGCGCCCCAUCAGCAGCGAGUCCUACGACGGACCGGAGCAUGCUCGCCGGGUCAUGGAGCUGGAGCAAGCGCUGCUGGAGCAACGGCUGCAUCAGCAGCAGCAGGAUAUGGUCGCCGACGAGAAGUGGCUGGAGAACGAGGAACGCCUUCUGAAACCAGAUCACUGGACGUCCCGGAACAGUGACGGCCUUCACGACAGCGGAUAUCGCGGAAUGAGCUCCGAACACCAACCCGUCUAUCAGCCAGUGGGUAAACCCGAACCACCGGCGCCGCCUAGGAAGCCGCCUCGCCCGGGCGCCCCAACCCACCAGCCCGGCUUACCCGCUAUGGUGACCGCCGCCCCCGAAGCCCAGAACGGGGGCCCUAAGCUCUGGAGGACCCCCCCGCAGGAGAUCACGCCACCCCCCACGGCCGACCUGGACCGCACCAACGACAAGGUGUACGAGAACGUGACGGCCCUCGUCAAGGCCGUGCUUGAGAUGUCGGCCAAGAUCCAGCCCGCCGCGCCCGACGAGUACGUCGCCAUGGUCAAGGACGUGGGGCUGUCGCUGAGGACCCUGCUCGCCAGCGUCGACGAGGCGAUCCCCACGCUCCCGUCCUCGUCUCACAGAGAGGUGGAGAUGGCGCAGAAGGUGCUCAACUCGGACCUGGCCGAGCUAAUCGGCAAGAUGAAGCUGGCGCAGCAGUACGCCAUGACCACGCUGCAGCACGACUACAAGAAGCACAUGCUCACCGCCGCGCACGCGCUCGCCAUGGACGCCAAGAGCCUCCUGGACGUCGUCGACCAGGCGCGCAUCCGCCUCAUGGCGCCGGUCGCGCCCGCCGGGGGCGCCCGCUGGUGAUGGCGCUGGUCUCGCCCGGCCGACACCCUCCCCCCGCCGAGACUCUGCCCUCCCGGCGAUCCACGCAAGAGCGCCGGUUUGAAAUCUUCCUCGGCUGGCAUCGCCGAUCCGCAUAUCUAUCAAGGGCCCCACCCCCCCCCCCCGCCGUCCACCACCACCAACGCGGAGGCUUAUUUUUAAUUUUUAGAACAAUCGAUUUCCUCUCCGUCACUCAUUUCUGCCGCGGAGUCGUACGGGCGAGUCGUCGGUCGGUUCGUGGCUGUUGGCUGGUGCCCCCAGGGGUCGCCACUGGUCCAGUCAUUGCGCCGGCAAAGUGCCGCCGAUUCGGUUCCAGUGACGGUGACCCGUUACGUGCUGCCGACUCGCGGCGGGCGGUUGCCUACCUGGCCCUUGGGGGGCGGGGGGUGGUUGGACGAUGACCCCCCCCCCCGAAACUGUUGCUACAACCGUACCAAAAAAAAAAGUAGCGACCGGCUUGUGACGCGCGGACGCUGUCGUUCGUCGUCGUCACGGUGCGUGCGUCGGGGCUGGGGACGUCGGCUGCGCUCGAGUCCAUUGAGAUUCACUACCGCUCCGUGAGAGAAGUGGCCCGGGGGGGGCACCUUCUUGCUAAUGCGAGCAAGGGGGAGAGAGGUGGGCGGUGUGCCGGCGUUCGCAAGUGACGACGCUGUGAGAUUUUGUUUCGGGGUGGGGGGGUGGGCUGGGUGGGGUGGUGGAGGUGGGAAAGAAAAAAAACGUUAACGCCUCGCUGUUGUGAAUCAUUACCUUGCAUGGUAACGCUCGGCCUGGCUCGUACGCUCGCUCUGCGACGUUUGACGCCAACCCGGCAGCUUUCCGGGUUGGCACAGGGGGACGAAAACCUCCGCAUGACAAAGGCGGCGGUACGCCCAGGGAGGAGGGCGUUUCGUGCGGGGUGGUGGUGGUGGUGGUGGGGAGUGUUGGCCUGGGCGAAAGAACAAAACUGCAACAACUGCAGUGAGUCCGUUACCCAAUUAACGGCGGUGUCUUUCUUUACAAAACAUAAAGGGAACAAAUUAAUGUGGGUAAGAGUGUUGACGGUUUAACAUUAGCAAGGAAGUCUUGUGCACGACUCUGCAUAGGCUUAAGUACUGUUUGCAUGUUAAGAAAAGAGCUACACCCAUUAUUAUUAUUAUAUCCUGUAUAGCAGUGGCUUAUACGAAUCAUUUAUAUACUGUAAUGCAAAUGUAAUUGGAAGUGCUCGUGUACUUGCUCUUCCUGAAAGCAGGUCUGCUAACCAAAUGUUACUCAACAAACUGUCUCUUAUUGGGGGGGAGGGGGGGGUUUGUUGGUUGUUAUAAUUAAGUGAUAUCAUUUUCUUGCAACACUGGUGUUCGCAGGGGGUGUGCGCUAACCUACAUUUUAGGUUCUGUUUCCAAACGGCUGUCAUUUGCCAAUGCAGCGAUUGGUACUCGAGUCGUCAAAACAUAGGGUGUUUGUGUCUGUUGUACAUUUUAUAAAGUCCUUUUUGUACAAAAACUCAGCGUUAACCAGCUUAGUAACAAAUUCUGCAGCCGGUUUUCAGGGCGCGUCUUUUCACAAUUUGAGUGAACACUAUUCAUUGAUUCCGCCCCCCCCCCCUCCCCGCCUCCUUCUGACCGUCUUUCACAGAUGUCGACUUACGUUACCGCCCGUUAACCAUUUAGCCAUGCAAUCUGUGGCCAAACGGCUUACGGGUGGCAACCGUUGUACCAUUUUUAACCGGCAUGCGAUGCACACCAACGCCCAACUUUGUAGUCCCUGCUGCCCGACGUUCCCACGCGUCUGCUCGCCUCCGACUUGCGCAAGCCUUCUACCGAAAUGUACGACGUUUGGCAUUGGAUAAUAGAACAUUAAAUAUUAACUUUAUUCUCGGCAGCUGUAACAGUAUUCACACUGGAAUCGCUUUCUUUUUCCCCCCCCCUCCCCCUCGCUCUCACGGCACCGCCCGAGGGGGGCGAUUACUCUCGGCGGCACAGCUUGCCGCGCAGAGAGCGCUCGCGGUCGGUCCUAGCCUCUGACGGCGGCCUUUUAUCGACGUUUUGCUCUUCUGAAACGACAAGGCGGGAACCCCGCCGCUCAUGCCCACAGUUCCACACGCAGUCGCGCUUGCGCCGUCGUUAUGCACGAGUGUUGUGAGCUUAGCGCGAUGACGGGUUGUUGUUGUUGUUGUGGUUGUCGGUGCUCUCUGUAGUCUGGCGGGCCUGUCUUCUGGGUCCGCUGUCACGGCAAGCACUGAAACACGGCUGUUACGUGGCGGUUAUCUUGCUGUGUCUGCUAUUUACUUUAUAUCCCGCUUCUGCCACAGGAGAAUGUAGAAGAAGUUCAUUAAAUAUUUGUUUUCUUCUCAUAACUGUAUAUUUGCAUUUUUAAAGAAUUGACUCUAAAUAUAUGUUCCCUUUAUUCGAGAAUCCAGGUAAAUUAUAAUAGAUGAAUAUUCUCUGGUAGAAUAUGAGAUGUACAGAUUAUGCCUGGAGGGCCUGCCAGGCCACAUCCCAUAAGUUUAGCCAAACUCCCAUAAUUUUGUCAUAUAUUUGGUGCUUUUUUUUUGCUUUGUACAUUGGUUCCAGGAUUCUGACUGCACGGCUCCAUUUUGAACAAUGACGGAAAAACGCGCCCAUGGCAAACGCAGCGCCAUCGCCGUUCCCCUGCAGACAGGCCGUCGAUGCUGCGCUGCGUGCACUGUGACUCGCCAAACUCUCAGUGGGCUUUGCAAAUGCUGUGUUUGUCGACUGCCCUUGGUGACACGAGUUGGACUAGAGGGAUCUUUGUGUUUUUUCUGGCCAUUAUAAAGUGCGUAUUAACACUUAUUUCCCCUACCCCCCCCCCCACACUCGAAUGACGUUACCCCUUGCCGAUACGCGAAAAUGUGAUAUACAGGGCAACGUUAACUGCGUUCAAUCACAAACGGAUUCAGAAUUCUCUUAUGUAAAAACUGCUCCGCAUAUCAAAUGCUAUUAUCCAAUGUAGCUAACAGCUCACAUUUGUUUUACUUCGUCGCACCGCUGUAGAGAAAGCAUUUUAUAUCGCGGGAGGUUCACCAUGACCCAGCUUUCAGCAUGGGGGGGGGAGGUGCAUGGUUGCAUUGUUGAAAUCAAAUGUCAGCUGUGAAUGGGCGGUCCAUGUAAUGUCGAUAAUUGGCUUGUACGGCAUGGUUCUUGGUGUUGCAACUGGCGGUGAUGGUCGCACCAGAACGAGGUGCCCUUUCCUAGAUUUCUGGAGGGACGCCUGCAACGCUUUUGAUGAUGAUGAUGAAGAAGGGCAUGGGGCGCUCUUAACUUUGAAAAACAAUCGCGUGGCUCGGCACCUGGUUCAGCCUGAAGAGAGGAGUCUUGAUUGUGCCGUGUGAACGAUGGAAUUGCCCCCCUCCCGCUUUGGAAGCAACCCUGGGUUUAUCGCAUCUUUGGGAGGUGAUACCAUUUGUAGUCGUCCGGAGUGGGAUACUUUUUUUUCCGUCGUUCAUUCUAAUAUUUUUUUUACCUCUAAAUCUCACUGUAGUCGGUUGACGUUUUCAUGUCCGUACGUUUGGUUGCCAUGUAUAAAUAAUCAUUUUCUAAUAAAAAAAAUACAACAACAACAAAAA